UAGUCCCAGCUCUGGGAAUGAGGCAUGUGGAGUCUUAGCAUCUUUGAAUAUAAAUGGCUUAAAGUAAACUCUACCAGCAGUAUUGGACACAUUAUUCCCUGCAUCACAAUUCUCUCUGUUUAUCUAAAUGAUGCACGUAACGUUUUUUUUGUUUCUCUCCCCCAGGGGUAGAAAACCAGGGUCUGGCCGCAAGAAUGGGGGGGCUGGCUCCAAAGGCAAGGACAAGAAGUUGUCUGGCACAGAAUCAGAGCAAGAGGAUGACUCUGAAGACAGCGAGACGGACGGGGACGAGGAGGACGGCUCUCAGUCAAGCACAAAUCAGCAGGCUGCAUCCAGGUUUCACAGCUCAAACGCGCCCCCCCAGUACAUGCACAUGGGCAGCAUGGCUCCCGCACAGCCCCAGGGCGGCAUGGCCUUCGCCCCCCACCCCUCCAUGAUUAGCGUCGCACCACCGCCCCCAGCCCCCGAGCCGCACCGGAACGAGGACGAGGACGACGAAGACUAUGACUCCUAGCUCCCUCCUCCUCCACUACACUCUCUCUCUCCUCACACACACACACAACACACACACACACACUUUCAACAUUAUUUUCUUAGUUUCUUGAGUUGUUGUCGCGGCAGCUGCUCUGAGCAGAGGAGGGAAAGACUCUUCAGCGCAGCCUUCUGACAGCUAAGCCCUCGGCAGCCGGCUGGAAGACACACCGCCGCAGGACACCGAAAUCUGGUUGUAUAUUAUGUGUUUUUUUUUUUUUUUUUAAAGGUUUUAUUUUAUUGUAGAGAAGAAAUCCAAGAAGGAUGUUUUUUAAAAAGUCAGUCGUUUUAUUUUGACUAUUAAAAAUGGCAGUCGUCGCUGUUUUUUCUUUUUUUGCCCCCCCGCAGACAGGAUAGGUGUGGUUUGUGUUGCCUUGUAGCUUUUUCUUUUGGCACUUUUCUUUUACUUCCUCAAUCCUCCUGUAGUAGAAAUUAUGAAGUGAACCAAUUAGUCACUCAAUGUUGGCUGUGGAAGAAAAAACCAAAUCUAUAAGUGGUAAUUAAAGCCUAAUUAUAGCCUUUGAUGCUCAUACACAGGCAAAAAAAAAAAAAAA